GGUUAGUUUGUGUGAAAGCCUUUCACAACUCCAGGUGUCAAUUGGCUCAGUUCAAUGUAGCUCAACAAGUUGGUGAUUGUUCUUACAAAUAGGUGCGAUUAGAGUUCUAACAGUUGAUUGUUAAUUAUGAAGGUGCAACUCAGUUGGCUGCAGUCGCCCAAUUGCCGGCAGUUGCACUUAGUCUCUUGAUAUGCGUUGCUUAGUGUGGUACAUCUCGCUGCUGGCUCUGCCGAGCUUGGCAUGGUCUGCUCAGUUGGGCGGACGAUUCAAACGUUUUCUCAUCUUUCCACGUCAGGCGCCCACCAGACAUCAGUUUAUUGUUGGCAUAGGCAUUCCGGCUGAUCUGUCCUAUGAAUCUUUGAUACUGGGUCACGUACUUAAAGCCGAGUUCUUUCUGCCCUAUAACGCCAGCGUAUAUAGACAAAAUCCAUACUUACCCGAAUAUAAACACAAAAAUAUUCCCAUAAACCUUCGGGACGAGCUGCGACUGUUGCAAAGGCAGCCAAGCGAAUUGCGUUGGCAGAUUUACGCAUACAUCGAGCACAUGUUAAAUGGUUAUGGCUAUAAUGGCCACGAGUGUAUGCUGCAAGCCAUUUGUGAAGCGAACACAAUUCAAUUUUCGAAAGACUUUAGCGUCUUCCAAGAGCUGCUGCAUGUGUUGUUGGCACCUUCCACGUCUCUGAAUGCAGCUGCUCCAGAGGCAUAUGACUUUAUUUCAGCCGAAAAGGUAAACCCAAAGUCGAACAACUGUGAGAUAUACGAUUGUAAUCUAAGGCUACUCGAUUGGUUUUCUCAAGUUAUGCGUAUUUGA